UUCUAUUGUACUAUUUUAGAUGCGGUUUUUUGCGGGAAAUCGAACAUAUUUUCAGACCCAUCUAAAAUUCUCCAAUUACCCUCGGAAGAAGAGGGACCUAAUUCUUGCAUCCGGCAAAAACGGAGGGCAUCGUGUAAGAAAUCCGAGUUCAAGAUGGCAGCCGUAUCGAAUGGAAACUUGUCCGAGUUUAAUGUCGAUAAAGCGAAAGCUGCACUGAAGGAUGUUCUAUCUGCAUUCAGUUCUCCAGAAAAUGUUGCCAGAUUAGAAGAAGCAAAAGAUAAUGCAGGAAAUGAUAUGUUAAAACACAUGCAACUGGUCUUUCCUGUGGCUACACAAAUAGAAAUGGAUGUUAUACAAAAUUAUGGCUUCCCUGGAGAUGGAGAAGGAGUCAUUCAAUUUGCUCAAGCUAUAAAGCAAUUGGAAAGAGAACAUCCAGACAUUGCUGAAUUGAAUGCUGAAGUAAGAGCUCAUCUCAUUCCUCCUAUGGUUUUUCCAUCUCAACCACAAAAUUAAUUUAAAUUUUUAAUAUAUAUACAU